GUUGGAAGCCCCAAAAAUUACUUCUCUCUCUCUUUUUGUCCGACUGUUUUCGUGAGUGAAAAAUCAAGGGAUUGCGGGUGGAGAAGAAGCGGUUGUAGGGUAGAGGAAGAGAGCGAUCUGUUUCAAAGUUUGAAACUUGAAACCCUUUUUACUCUCUUUUAUCCGCUGUAUCCGUCUCAACUCUAACCCCAAUUUCUUUCUUUCCUUUUCUGGUUUUGGGCUCCAGUCCAGUUAGGAUUCUUGUUAUCUGUUCAAGCGUUAUGGCUUCAAAGCGGAUUUUGAAGGAACUCAAGGAUUUGCAGAAGGAUCCACCCACUUCUUGCAGUGCAGGUCCUGUAGCUGAAGACAUGUUUCAUUGGCAAGCAACAAUCAUGGGCCCCUCUGAUAGCCCUUAUGCAGGAGGUGUAUUUUUAGUUACUAUUCAUUUUCCUCCGGAUUAUCCUUUCAAGCCUCCCAAGGUAGCAUUCAGGACCAAGGUCUUCCAUCCAAACAUCAACAGCAAUGGGAGCAUUUGUCUUGAUAUCCUAAAAGAACAGUGGAGCCCAGCACUGACCAUUUCCAAGGUUCUACUCUCAAUCUGCUCAUUGCUGACUGAUCCAAACCCUGAUGAUCCACUUGUUCCGGAGAUUGCUCACAUGUAUAAGACUGAUCGAGCCAAGUACGAAGCUACUGCACGUAGCUGGACCCAGAAGUAUGCCAUGGGAUGA